AUGGAGAACAAGGAGGCCUGCACGGCGGCGGCUCCCAAGGAGCAAGAAUCCCAUGGAACCGGCGAUCUGAUCAGCCGCCUUCCAGACGACAUCCUCGGCGCCAUCAUCACGCUCCUCCCAACCAAGGACGGCGGCCGCACGCAGGGGCUCUCCCGCCGGUGGCGCCACCUCUGGCGCACGGCGCCUCUCAACCUCGAGGUCCGCACCUUGCACCCAGCCUUCUUCCCCAGCGCCGUCCCUCCCUCUGCCGUCUCCAAGAUAGUCUCCGAGCAUCCCGGCCCCGCCCGCAGAUUCUAUUUCCCCGGCCUCAGAACCGGCGGCGGCGACCUCAGCUCUGAGUUGGAGAGCUGGUUCCACUCCCGAGCCCUGUCCAACCUCCGGGAGCUCGAUAUCCGAUACGCGCACGAAUCCUCGCUGUCUUCGUCCAGCUACCGGCUGCUGUCAUCCGUGCUCCGCUCCGCAUCAACCCUUUGCGUUGUCAGUAUCAGCUAUAUCGAUUUCCCCGACCAGAUCGCGCCGUCCAUGAGUUUCCCUCUCCUCAAGCAGCUCUCCCUGCUCGACCUUUCCAUCUCCGAGAGCGUCUUCCAUGGCUUGCUCUCUGGCUGCCAUGCCUUGGAGAGCUUAUUCGUGUCUGAAGUCCGCGCCGCCGGUUGCCUCCGUGUUAGCUCAUCCACAAUCCGGAGCAUCGUCUUACAGGGCAACCCUCAUGAGAGCACAGAACUGGUCGUCGAGGACGCUCCUCACCUUGAAAGGAUAUUAUCACUUGGUACUCACAAACGUGCUUGUCAGCUGUAUAUUAGGAUAAUGAGGGCACCUAAACUGGAGAUCUUAGGCCCUUUCAUACCGGACUUCUCCAAACUCCAUGUCUUCCAGCUACCAACAGGAUUGAGCCCAGUUAGCUUGGAAAACUCGAUGCACACCAUAAAGAUUUUGUCCGUCGGGUCUUGUAAUUCUCAAUUGAAUGCAGUUCUUAAUGUUCUUAGGUGGUUCCCCUGUUUGGAAAAGCUCUAUGUCAUUUUCUACUUUAGCUAUGAGAUGCGUAAGAACAUUGAGCCUCGGUAUGAUCCACUACAUCCAAUUGAAUGCCUUCAGUCCCACUUCAAAGAAGUGGUGCUGCAAGGUUAUUCGGGCCUUGAGGGAGAGGUUGACUUUGCCAGGUUCUUCGUUUUAAAUGCAGAAGUGGAAAACAAAGCUUCUCGAGAUAUUCAAUUUGAAUUCAGGCAUCAUAAUCUUUGGCCUGAUGACCAUCUCAACAAACACAUCCAUGAUUUGUCACUGAGUAACCCCUUCAGACAGCCAUAG